AUGGCGCCGCCGGUGGGAAUGCCGGCGCUGCUGCUGCUUCUCCUGCUCGUGUUCACGGCGGCCAAUGUAUCUGCAUCAACCGGAGAGAGCCCGAUCAAGAACGUGGUCAUUCUGGCGCUGGAGAACCGCUCCUUCGACCACAUGCUCGGCUGGAUGCGCCGCCUGCUCGGCCUCCCCAUCGACGGCCUCACCGGCGCCGAGUGCAACGUCGAUCCCACAAACUCUUCCCUGCCCCCGGUCUGCGUCUCCGCCGACGCUCCCCUCGUCGUCCCCGACGACCCCGGCCACUCCUUCGAGGACGUCCUCGACCAGGUCUUCGGCUCCCGCCCCAACGGGACCGCCGACCUCCCCAACAUGUCGGGCUUCGUCCGCUCCGCGCUCUCCGUUAACACCCUGCUCUCCUCCGACGUCAUGCGCGGCUUCACCCCGUCCCUCCUGCCUGCCUUCUCCGCGCUCGCCGCCGACUUCGCCGUCUUCGACCGCUGGUUCUCCUCCCUGCCAGGCCCCACCCAGCCCAACCGCCUCUUCCUCUACUCCGCCACCUCCCACGGCGCCAUCGCCCACGACAAGCUCCGCCUCCUCGCCGGCUACCCGCAGCGCACCAUCUUCGACUCCCUCGCCGCCGACGGCCUCCCCUUCGCCGUCUACUUCAAGACCAUCCCCACCGUCCUCUUCUACCGCCGCCUCCGCACCGUCCGCAACGUCGCCACCAGCCUCCACCUCUACGACCCCACCUUCAGAUCCCACGCCCGCAGGGGCGUCCUCCCGCCGCUCUCCGUCAUCGAGCCCCGCUACUUCGACCUCACCGGCACCCCCGCCGACGACGACCACCCGGCACACGACGUCGCCAACGGCCAGCGCCUCGUCAAGGACGUCUACGAAACGCUGCGCGCCAGCCCGCAGUGGAACACCACGCUGCUCCUCGUCACCUACGACGAGCACGGCGGCUUCUACGACCACGUCGCCACCCCCGUCGCAGGCGUGCCCAGCCCCGACGGCCUCAGGGGACCAGUGCCCUUCUUCUUCAAGUUCGACCGCCUCGGGGUCAGGGUGCCCACCUUGAUGAUCUCGCCGUGGAUCAAGAAGGGGACGGUGGUCGGGCGGCCGCCAAACGGGCCGACGCCGACAUCCGAGUACGAGCACUCCUCUAUCCCGGCCACCAUCAAGAAAAUCUUCAACCUGAAAUCCGGCUUCCUCACCAAAAGAGACGAAUGGGCUGGCACCUUCGAGCACAUCUUCACCCAGCUCGAUGAACCAAGAACAGACUGCCCAGAGACUUUGCCAGAAGUCCCAUUUGUGAGAACACGCCCGGCGAAAGAACACGGCCUGCUCUCGGAUUUCCAGCGCGAGCUCGUCGAGCUAGCGAGCUUCCUGAACGGCGACUACAUGCUGACAAGUUUCGCCCAGGAGACCCAGAAGAAGAUGACCGUGAAGCAGGCCGACGCGUACGUGCGACGAUCCAUCACAAGUUUUCUGAAGGCGAGCAAGCAGGCCAGGCGAUUGGGUGCAAAUGAGUCUGCAAUUGUCACUAUGAGACCGUCUUUGACAAGGGCGUACAACAGCCUUCGCAAUAGAGCUAUUUUUGCCAAUGUGAUACCUAAUUUUAUUCACUUUCAAUUGUAG